GGCGAAAGGCAUCCCAGCAUCCUCGCUGAUUGGCGAAGGGAUGUCGGCCAUCUUGGAUUGUAGCGGUGAAGAAAGAUUGAUGCGGUGACACACGGCAUGUUUGGUGCUAACCGGAAGAAGUUUAUGGAGGGAGGGGUAGAGAGCGAUUACACAGAUGACACCAGCCUCUACUACAGCCAGCAAUCCAUGUUCCCUCCUCACCGCGCUGACAAAGAUAUGUUGACAUCAUCUUCUGCCUCCUCAACGAGUCAAUUGUCGCAGCUAGGAGCCAGCUUAUAUGGCCCGCAAAGUGCUUUGGGUUUUCCUAUGCGUGGUAUGAACAGUGGUGGGACGCCUCAGCUUAGUCGAACUGGGUUGAACCAAUCUGCCAGCCAGCUUUCCAGUCAUGCCAGUACACCAAACACAGGCACAAUGCACACGCCACCUUCUCCCAGCAGGGGUAUUUUACCUAUGAGCAGAGGCAAUGUCUUGAACCAUAGUCAGCAGGUCGGCGGUCCUACGGGGCAGUCUGGAGGUAUUGGAACAGGGGGAGAGCGAGGUGGAGGCAGUGGUGGCAGGAGUGGCAGCAUGGGCAGCCCAAGUCGGUCGUCACCAAGCAUCAUUGGGAUGCCUAAGCAGCAACAAGCACGGCAACCGUUUACAAUUAACAGUAUGUCAGGGUUUGGGGUCAACAGGAAUCCAGGCUUUAACAUGAACAACUCCUUAUCUAACAAUAUCUUCAAUGGCACAGAUGGCAGUGAAAAUGUGACGGGGCUGGAUCUGUCAGAUUUUCCUGCAUUAGCCGACAGGAGUCGGAGGGAUGGAAAUUCAAAUCCAACUCCACUGCUCAACCCGCUGGCCGGUCGAGCACCCUAUGUUGGCAUGGUAACUAAACCGUCCAGUGAGCAAUCACAGGACUUCUCCAUUCAUAAUGAAGAUUUCCCAGCUCUCCCUGGUCCAAACUACCAAACAAAAGAUCCAACAAGCACUAAUGAAGACAGUAAAACGAAUCUGAACUCAUCAGGGAAGUCCACAUCAAACUCAGAUGGUCCAAAGUUUCCGGGGGACAAGAGCUCUGUAGCAUCGAGCAACAACAAUCAACAGAAGAAAGGGAUCCAGGUUCUUCCAGAUGGACGGGUGACAAACAUCCCAGCUGGCAUGGUAACGGACCAGUUUGGGAUGAUUGGAUUGCUGACGUUCAUCCGGGCAGCAGAGACUGAUCCAGGCAUGGUGCACUUGGCGUUGGGAUCUGACUUAACUACACUCGGGCUCAACUUGAACUCACCUGAGAAUCUGUAUCCUAAGUUUGCGUCACCGUGGGCAUCUGCUCCUUGUCGGCCACAAGACAUAGACUUCCAUGUCCCUUCAGAGUAUUUAACCAACAUCCAUAUAAGGGACAAGUUAGCAGCUAUAAAACUGUCUCGGUAUGGCGAAGAUCUGCUGUUUUAUCUCUAUUAUAUGAAUGGAGGAGACUUACUACAACUACUGGCUGCAGUAGAACUGUUUAACAGGGACUGGAGGUACCAUAAAGAGGAGCGGGUUUGGAUCACCCGAGCCCCUGGUAUGGAGCCCACGCUGAAGACCAAUGCCUAUGAGAGAGGGACCUACUACUUCUUCGACUGCCUCAACUGGAGAAAAGUGGCCAAGGAGUUUCAUUUGGAAUAUGAUAAGUUGGAAGAGCGACCUCAUGUUCCCUCUACUUUCAACUACAAUCCUGCCCAGCAGGCCUUUUGAUUGGCUCUCCUAUCUCCUGCCAUGUGGCCCUUUUGGCUUCACAAUCACUCACUGGGUUCUUCUGUUCUGCACACAAAACGCAAAUCUGGCCAAUCAGGACAAAGGACAACAUGUUAUAUCUCCUCCAGAAAAGACUCUGAUUUUAACUUUCAGAUUAUAUUUUUCCUUUACCUCAUUUUUUAAUUUUACCCUCCUUAUAAGUUUGCUUGGUCUGUUACAUGCAGCACAGCUUGAUUACAACAUGCACAGGCAGCACUGUCAAUAACUGUCCAUCUGAUUGAGUGAUUCAUAUUUCUACUCUAAAAUGUGACUAUUUUUGACUAGAGAAGUUUUUCACUUCAUUUUAAGAAGAACUAGAUUUUAACUCAACAUUAUUGAUCACCUUUUAUGAUGGAUAAUUAUUUUGUACUGUGCUUGCUGUGUUGCAACUGUUCGUUCACUGUAAAAGAAAAGGUUUGUGAUUUCACUUUAUUCCUACUUGGUUUUUGGCAUUACAAAUCAUACAUCCUUGAGCAGACAGUCAGCACAGUCAGGAGAGGAAAUGCAAUGUACAUUGUAGCACUAUUUCAUAAUAAAAAAUGAAAAUCUC